AUAUAUUUUCUUCUGGGUAUGGAUUCAGCAUGACUUUGGCACUAGGAUUGGAGUAUAUGAAUGAGAGCCGGAACCCUUUUUCUAGUGGAGGUAUCUCAAAUCAUCUCCCUCAACUACUGGGCAUCCUUUCAAAAAUCCCUACACUAAUCCGAGAUGCAUACCAGGGAUGGGUUGGGCAUCCGAAAUCUGAUACCCAAAACCCGGUCUUUUUUCCGACCCGAAACCCGAUCCGAAGAAAAUUUUUGAAACCCGAUCCGAAAUCGGACCCGGCUUUUUUCUCAACCCGACCCAUCCCUGAUGCAUACAUGGGGGUAUUAUAACGAGCAUAUCUGUGUAUGGACACGGACAAUCUAUCCGUAUCCGGAGAUAUCCGUGGGUAUCCGGAUACUAUCUGUAUCGCACAGGUCUUAUAACCAGCUUCCGACUGUAUUUUUCUUUUUAUUUUUCCCCUCUUUUGAAAUUUUUUGUUUAUUUCCUCCUUCCCCCCAAAUUUCAUAUUAAUUUAAGCACUUUACUCAUAACCG